AGCCGGACCGUGGAUGUCUACUUUGGACCUCGCAUGGCCGUGGAGCCCCAGUCUCUUCUGGUUGACCUGGGAUCAGACGCCAGGUUCAACUGCGCCUGGACUGGCAAUCCAUCUCUCACCAUAGUGUGGAUGAAGCGUGGGUCUGGAGUGGUGCUUAGCAAUGAGAACUUCCUGAUACUGAAGACGGUGAGACAGGAGGAUGCCGGGAAGUACGUGUGCCGUGCAGUGGUACCCCGAGUUGGGGCGGGCGAGAGAGAAGUAGCCCUCACAGUCAACGGUCCCCCAAUCAUCUCCAGCACCCAGACCCAGCAUGCACUACACGGGGAAAAAGGACAAAUAAAGUGCUUCAUCCGGAGCACGCCACCUCCUGACCGGAUUGCCUGGUCAUGGAAAGAGAACGUUCUGGAAUCGGGAACCUCCGGCCGCUACACUGUGGAGACGGUCAGCACAGAGGAGGGGGUCAUCUCCACACUGACCAUCAGCAACAUCGUCCGGGCCGACUUCCAGACCAUCUACAACUGCACAGCCUGGAACAGCUUCGGCUCCGACACAGAAAUCAUCCGGCUCAAGGAACAAGAGUCGCUCCCUAUGGCGGUCAUAAUCGGCGUGGCGGUCGGGGCAUUCGUUGCCUUCAUCGUUCUCAUGGCAACCAUCGGAGCUUUCUGCUGCACCCGUUCGCAGAGAAAUCUGAAAGGUGUUGUCUCUGCAAAGAAUGAUAUUCGCGUGGAAAUUGUACACAAGGAUCACAAUGCGGCCAGAGAGACAGAGGAACACGCUGCCAUCAAACAGCUCAUGAUUGAGAGAGGGGAGUUCCAGCAGGAGUCAGUCCUCAAGCAGCUGGAGGUCCUGCAGGAAGAGGAGAAGGAUUACCAGCACAUCAAGGAUCCGACCAACGGCUACUACAGCGUGAACACAUUUAAAGAGCACCACUCCACUCCUACCAUCUCCCUGGCAGCCAACCAAACGACGGAACUGCGGAGUUCUACGACAGCCGCCACGACGGGCAAGCAGAGGGUGCCCACGGGCAUGUCCUUCACCAACAUCUACACCACGCUGGGCACCGGCCCCAACCGCCUCUACGACUACAGCCAGCGCUUUGUGCUGGGUAUGGGCAGCAGCUCCAUCGAGCUGUGCGAGCGGGAGUUCCAGCGGGGCUCGCUCAGCGAUUCCAGCUCCUUCCUCGACACGCAAUGCGACAGCAGCGUCAGCAGCUGCAGCAAGCAGGAAGGCUACGUGCAGUUCGACAAGGCCAGCAAGGCCUCAGCCUCCUCCUCCUCCCACUACUCCCAGUCCUCCUCGCAGAACUCUGACCUCACGCGGCCCCUGCAGAAACGCAUGCAGACGCACGUGUAGCAACCCCUUCGCUGCUGGGGUUCACCGGAGUCGAGGUGUUCGAUUCCGAGGACUUGCGAGGAUAAAGCGGGGCCUCUUUAAAAGCACAUUACUGAUAUAUAUUUUUUUUUUGGUAUGUUUUCUUAUUAAGGAGGCAUUGUUGCCCAGAACUGCCACCCUGCCUAGAAUAGCCCAGUGUCCCCUGCGAUGGUCAAGCAGCUCUAUCUCAUGAUCACAAGCCCUCUUGAGAAUGUGCUUCCUGAAGAAUCCUGCACUAAGCUCUGGCUUCUGUCUGAAGAUCUGUGUUUUGUCUUGUCCCAUUAGAAGUGUCAUUACUGUCGGCGCACGAUUUCUACAUUCUGGCCAGCGGUUGACCACACACCCCCUCUGAAACUGGGGACCUUUCGGAAAAUAAUUCGCAAUCUUUAAUUUGCGUGGCACUUUUCACAGAGUUUCUGACACCCUGUGAACGUUCUGACACCUGAAUCCACUUCUUUUGCCAUUUUAAAUCCUCGUAGGAUUUUGGAAGGUUUUCCGUUUCAAACUCAUGUCAAGGUUGUAUACCCAGAUUUUUUUUUCUUGUACACAUCAAAAUUCGGAUUAUUCUGAAGCACAAAUACUUCUGGGAGUUAAUUGUGAUUCAUUUUACAGAAAGAUGCUAACUGGCCUAGUAGUGAAGCUGUAGUGGAUCCCCAGUGGACUUAUAAACGGUAUAACCAGGACCUCUCAAUAAGAAAGCCAAGGCAGUCAGUCUCAGUUAACCAGAAUACCCCUAUUUAUUGUUUAUUUAUUGUACAGUAUGUGAAACAAACAAACAAAACAAAAAAAACAUUUCAGAUCCCAUUAACAAAUGGGUAUACCUUCAAGAUACAUUGUCAAGCUUCAAAGCCAAGGUCAAGCUUGACCAAGGGAUACCACUGAUGAGAGCUCUCCUGUUCUCCAUGUUUGCAUUGAGCAGGCCAAUAAGAUUGGUUCUUUUGUUGGAAUCGCCUUACAGUUCAAGAACUCCUCUAUUGUUCUCCCUUCAUAGUGUGGAACUGUGCUUGAGAUGCUGUGUUCCCCAGGGGACCACUGUCAGUAGACACCGGAAGAGACAACAGACAGAUGCAAGAAGGCCUCCACUCAUGUGUAUGUACAGUCCACAGUGAGAAGCUGGUUUCCGCUCUAGGGAACUGACAGGUGGAAUGUUAUCAGCUGUGUGCCUCUCGAAAGCACAGUCUUUCAUAAGAUCAAUGAUGAUUCUUCUUAUUCUUUUAAAUUGUUAAUCCCACCUCUCACCUCUCCUGAUUGGAUAGUUCAUUAAGGGACAUUUCCUGCUCAUGUACCCUAAACACUCUCCCCUGAAAUACAUUAUUAAUCAUCUACAUCCCAUCACAGCCAAUCACGAUUGACAUUUUGAUUAUCUAGCAAAGUGUAAGGUGGCAGCAAAUCCUCCAUUUGAUUCCAUUAGAGUACAGCAACAUGUGGUAUAGAAAGCAUUUCCCUCAGAACAAAACCAUCACACACUCAGUGUUUCCAGCUGAAGAAUAUCUGUAUCUGUAUUCACAAUAGAAAUCUCAUACCACAGAACAGACUCUUAAAGAAGCGGGCAUAUUAAACCAAAGCAGAAAAAUGCAGUUACAGAUUCCUCACAUACUGUGAUGCAUGUUUGCGCGACAGCUGAAAUAACAUACAGUAACACACUAUAACCAUUGCUAUAGGUAUUCACAGUAGCAAAGUGGACUGUGAUAAAUCACACUGUGGUCUCUCUACAAACUGUAACUCCGCUUUGCAUUCUCCAUUGCACGAAAGCAUACAUAACAGGAGGUGUUUAGACAAGGCAACUUGAGAGUGGAUGCAACACUAAAUGCGUUUAUCAUUCACAACAAUAAAUCUGAACAGCCAAGCAAGUUGCUCUGAGGAUUAAUAAUUUACAAGAAAAUGUCUGUUGUUUUCCUGUGAAAUUGUGCCACUGUUUAAAACAUAGCAGAGAGCAUAUCUCCUUCACAUUCGGGUCUUUAGUGCAAAGUCAUGGAGUGUUGUCGUUUUGCAUUAAAGCUGGCAGUGCUGAGAAAUUUAAAUCUGUGUGUUAUCCAGCUCCCCUGUCUCCUUACUAGGCAAAGAACAAAAGGUAUGCAAUCAGUACCAAGUGUGGCGAUCAAAUGAACUCCAGGUAGCUGAGGACAGAAAGAACAAACCCUUUUCAGACCACAGACUUCAAACGCUGGCCGCUUACAGCCCUUUCAUUUUCGUUUGCAUGGUCCACCAAUUCUCUGGCACAGCUUAGGUCUUCCUACCAUUGCAGUCAAUGCAGCAUGAACAUUUUUCCCUCACGGUUUGAUGCCAUAAUUCAUAAUGCCAGAGUACAAACACAGUACAAAGCAAACCCUCCUUGCUCACAUUAACAGCUCCCAUUUUAGUGGCCAUGGCGUGCCCUGUCCUAUACACAGAACCGUUGCAUUAGGAGCUUAUGUGAACAUUCCCUGCAUAAGACACUGGACCUCAGACACUGGUUUGCUUUGGUUUGUUGUCCAGCGUUUGAUUCCAGAACUUUCGUGCAGGUCGUGGCGGACCAGGGACGUCACGGCAACGCUGUUUAGACACGCAGAUGUUACGGACGAGUUCUGGCGCUGCUCAGAAGACACAGGUCCCUUUUUCCUGCUCAGUGAGGGCAAUACUUCUCUCAUCGGAGGCAGGCAGUUCUGGUACUACCAGCCUCCUGUUGAACAGCAUCAAUAAGGAGUGGAUUCUUGCUGUGUGCACUUUAUAUGUAUAUCAGACAUUUCAAUCACUUUUAUACUUGAGCAGUAGAACUUCAGCUGUGUAAUGGGUUAAAAUCCAUAAGCAAAAGAAAAAAAAAAUUCUAUACUAGGCACUCCUGUAUAAAUAUUAGUAAUGCUUUCUUUAUAUAAUUUAGAAUUCUGGGGAUCAUGUUUAUAUUUUGCAUAGAACACUUCAUUCGGCACGUGUUAUGGUAUUGACAAUCAAAAAGACCUGGUCACCUCUUGAAUCACUAUCUAUAUAUAUCGUUGGCUCUUCCUUUUGCCAACUAGAAUGCAGCCGUACUUGGCCGCCACAUUGGAGGUGGCAGAUUCUUUAAACAGGGCACUUUCCAAGGGAGACCAGUCUGCACACAGUGUUUAAGGGCUGUUUCCUUCGCUUAUAUCAGGGGACAUGCUAAAUUGAACUACUCCCAUUCUCGAUUCCUUCUACUUCCAACACAGUCUCUUCAUGAUGUGCAAAAGACCGAGUUUCAGUGUGACAAAUGUUCUCUAUACUAGCUGAAGGGGGGGGGGGG